AUGGAUGGUGAAAAAUCCCAAAACCCGGACGCCCCACGGAACUGCCAGUCCUGCGAUCGGCCCGAUACAGCGGAGAGCGAGAUGGUCCAGUGCAGCGCCUGCAAACUAUGGGAGCACUUCGGAUGUGCUGGAGUCGAUGGGAGCGCGAAACAACCCGAUAUAAGGUAUGUCUGUGGGAAGUGCAUGGCCAAGCAGGGACCUUCUACCGGAGGGGCCCUCCAAGUCCCCAGGGACGACAAGACGAAGAAGAAAGUCGCGAAAGGAAGUUCUAGAACAACGUCGAAAAGGGGGAAAACGGCUGCUGAUCCACCGAAGAGUGUCUCGUCCAGUAUCCGGGAGAAGCUAUUGGAUGAAGAGUUAAAGCUCGUCGCGGAAGAGCAGCGGCUGCAAGGAGAAGCACUACAUGAGCAAGAAGAUAUUCGACGGCGCCAGUUGGCCGAAGAGGAACGCCGACUGGAGGAAAAACGGCGACUAGCGCAAGAGGAAAGUGAGAUGCGCGGGCGAAAACUGCAGGAAGAGCUGGAGUUGAAGCGGAAGAAGAUGCAGAUUCGGAAGGAGUCGCUCGAGAAACGCCAGGCUCUCAUCCGAGAAGCGGCGUUGACGAGCAGCAGGAGUGGUUCGGUCCAGAAUUCAAGCGAGAAGGUGAAACAGUGGCUAGAUUUGCAGAACGGUGUUGGAGGAUCCAAAGGAGAACUAGGGGACGACGGCAAUGGACAACGACAGCCUGCCAAUCACGAUCCACUAGAAAAUCCUGUAGACCCAGCAUUCGAAUACCCCGAUAUCAGAGCGCUUUCGGUCGUGCCGGACCUUCCCCGCUUUCCGAACGCGUCAGCUCAAAUGAUGCAAAAUCCUUUACGGCGCUCGUCAAGACAGUCUGCCGAACAUCCCGCGGACCCAGCAUUUCAGUACCCUGGUAUCGGAGCGCUUCCGGUCGGGCCGGACUUUCCCCGCUUUCCGAACGCGCCAAGUCAAUUAACGCAAAAUCCUUUGCGACGCUCAUUGACCAUUCGUCCACCGGUUCACACGCUCACACAGGUGCAAAUCGCUGCGCGGCAGGUUCUGGGAAAGGAGCUUCCUACCUUUGGAGGGAAUCCAGAAGACUGGCCUAUCUUCAUCAGCAACUUCGAACAGUCCACAGCAACCUGUGGAUACUCAGAAGCGGAGAAUCUAGUCCGUCUUCAACGAUGUUUGAAGGGGCACGCGCUGGAGUCGGUUCGCAGCCGACUUCUCCUACCAGGAAGUGUACCGCACGUCAUUCAGACCCUGCGUACGCUUUACGGUAGGCCAGAGCUGCUUAUCCGUACUCUGAUGACGAAGAUCCGCCAGGUUCCAGCUCCUACGCACGAUCGAAUGGAAAAACUGAUCCAAUUCGGUCUCUCGGUGCAAAAUCUGGUCGACCAUAUCAAAGCAGCAAACCAGCUGAAUCAUCUUUCGAAUCCGGCGUUGAUGCAGGAGCUUGUAGAGAAACUGCCUGGUUCGAUGCGACUCGACUGGGCAAUCUACAAGAACAAAAACCAGCCGGCGACCCUCGAAACAUUCGGGGACUUCAUGGCCGGGCUGGUAACGGCGGCGAGUGAGGUGUCUUUCGAGCUCCCAGGAGAAAGUGCAACAGCAAGAAAUGACAAGCGAAAGUCCAGGGAAACCGGGAACGUCUACGCACAUUCCGGUGAACGAAUCCCCCUUUCCGCGUCCGGUGGAUCAGCUACCCCUGGAGCAACCGGCGGGCUAAAUUCUCCAGUCAACACGAAGGCUAGCAAGCCAUGCGCAGCGUGCGGUCGGAGCGGCCAUCGGGUGGCAGAAUGUCAUCAGUUCAAGGGUGCGACUUUGGACGAACGCUGGAAACUUGUUCAGCUGAAGGGUUUAUGUCGGACGUGCCUGAAUAACCACGGCGAAUGGCCGUGCCGUUCCUGGAAUGGAUGCGGCGUCGAAGCUUGUAGGCAAAAGCACAACACCCUCCUACACACCUCCUCUCCCCCCUCGGGAAACGUAGGAAUGUCAGCGAGUCACGUGUUGUCGGACGAUUUAAAAUGGCCACUCUUUCGCAUCGUGCCCGUCGUUCUUUUCAGCGACAGAUCCUCCCAACCAAUAUUCGCCUUCAUCGAUGAGGGCUCUUCCUACACUCUGCUGGAGGAAUCAGUCGCGAAGCAGCUAGGAGUUAGAGGUCAGCUAGAGCCACUAACACUCCAAUGGACCGGCAACGUACAGCGGAAAGAGGCGAAAUCACACCGUGUCCUGGUCGAAAUCGCCGGAAAGGGUUCCGCCAAUCGGCACAAGCUGGUGGAUGCUCGUACGGUCAGCCGGCUUGUUCUACCUUCGCAAUCUCUGAAAUAUGGGGAACUGGCUAAUCGGUUUCCUCACCUUCGUGGUCUUCCCUUGGAGGACUACGAACUCGUCCAACCUAAGUUGCUGAUAGGGCUAGACAAUCUCAGACUGUGCGUCCCGCUGAAGCUGCGAGAAGGAGGACCGAAGGAUCCGAUCGGGGCGAAAUGUAGACUUGGGUGGAGCAUCUAUGGCUGCAUACCCGGUCAGCCGCCGCAAACGGCAAUCGUUAGCUUUCAUGUCGAGGCGGCAUCUGAUCCGGAUCGAGAGUUGAACGAGCAGCUACGUGACUACUUCACCUUGGAGACUGCAGGCGUUUCGGGUCCUCGUGAGAUUCCGGAGUCGGAAGAAGAUAAGCGUGCUAGACAGCUGCUGGUGGACACAACGCGCCGCGUUCCCUCUGGAUCGGGGUACGAAACCGGACUGCUUUGGAGAGCGGACGAUCACAGUUUUCCCGAUAGCUACCCCAUGGCUGUACGUCGGUUGGAGGCGCUAGAGCGAAAGCUGCAGCAGAAUCCAGAAUUGGAACGACGAGUGCGAGAGCAGAUCGUGGAAUACGAGCGUAAGGGAUACGCCCACAAAGCAAGCCUGGCUGAACUGACGUCCGUAGCAGCUGAACAAGUCUGGUAUCUCUCGUUGGGCGUCGUUACGAAUCCCAGAAAACCCGGCAAGGUGCGACUAAUCUGGGAUGCAGCAGCCAAAAAGAACAACGUUUCCUUCAACUCCAAGCUGCUCAAGGGCCCGGACCUACUGUCCCCGCUUCCGCAAGUUCUCCGUCAGUUUCGCCAGUUUCCAGUCGCCGUGUGUGGAGAUAUCAUGGAGAUGUUCCACCAAAUAAAGAUUCGAGCACCCGACUGCCAGUCGCAACGGUUUCUGUUCCGCGACAACCCGUCGGAUCCACCUAGGGUGUAUGUGAUGGACGUCGCCACGUUUGGUUCGACCUGUUCUCCAACCUCUGCACAGUAUGUCAAAAACCUCAACGCGGAAGAGUGUUCAGGCGAAUAUCCGCGGGCUGCCGCGGCUAUCAAAAACAAGCACUACGUGGAUGACUACUUGGACAGCUUCGAGACAGUCCAGGAGGCGAUCGAGGUCGUCAACGAGGUUAAGUUGGUCCACUCUCUGGCUAGUUUUACGCUGCGUCACUUCUUGUCCAACGAAGCAGGUGUUCUCGAGGGAAUCGGUGCGACAUGCGAAAUUGAGCCGAAGAACCUGGACCUAGAACGUGGAGAAAAGCUGGAAUCGGUGCUCGGCAUGAAGUGGAUUCCAUCCGACGAUGUCUUCGUGUACACGUUCGGCCUGAGGGAAGAUCUACAGUCCAUACUCGCCAAAGGUCACAUUCCGACAAAGAGGGAAAUCGCCAGGAUUGUGAUGAGCUUGUUCGACCCUCUCGGGUUCAUCGCCUUCUUCCUCGUACACGGUAAAAUUCUGUUACAAGACAUUUGGGCGAAAGGAACGGAGUGGGAUCAACAGAUACCGGAGGACAUAUAUGAGCGGUGGCAGCAGUGGUCAAAUCUCUUCGGACGACUGAGUGAGCUUCGAAUUCCUCGGUGCUAUUUCCGCUCGCCCUUCCCUGCAAGUCUCGACGGUCUUCAAGUACAUCUAUUCGUCGACGCCAGCGAGUCAGCAUUCGCCUGCGCAGUGCACUUUCGCCUGGAGACAGACAGUGGUAUACAAGUGGCGCUCGUCGGCGCAAAGACCAAAGUAGCUCCGCUAAAAACGCUCUCUAUCCCUAGACUCGAGCUGAAAGCAGCCGUCCUCGGCGUUCGACUGUUAGAGACCAUCCAGAACCAGCACAGUUUCACGAUCAGCCGUCGCUUCUGCUGGAGUGAUUCGGGUACGGUACUUGCGUGGAUUCGCUCCCAUGAUCACAGGCGCUUUCACAAGUUUGUCGCCGUCCGCGUCGGUGAAAUCCUGACUUCCACAGAGCAACGUGAGUGGAGGUGGGUGCCUACGAAGCUCAACGUCGCCGAUCUAGCUACCAAGUGGGGAUCUAGUCCGCAGUUAACCAUGGACAGCCCUUGGUUCCAGGGGCCAACCUUCCUUAAAGACCCUGAAGAGGACUGGCCGCAACAACGAACGAUCACUUCAACUGACGAAGAGCUACGACCUGCACACUUUCUCUCUGCACAUUUCGAUCCGAUUGUGGAUUUAGCUCGGUUUAGCAGUUGGACCAAAUUACACCGUGCAACAGCCUACGUGCUGCGUUUCGUCGACAACAUUCGCAGAAAGAAGCAAGGACUUGCGUUGGAGCUUGGCGUUCUCAACAGUGACAAACUACGGCGAGCAGAAGAAAUGCUGUGGAAGCUAGCCCAAGUCGAGGCCUACUCUGAUGAAGUCGCCGUUCUCGCUACAUCUCAAGGUCCGCCGGAUCGCCGUCACGUCGUGGUGAAGAAGUCCAGCAAUAUCUACUCGAAAUGGCCUUUCAUUGACGAGAGAGGAAUUCUGCGGAGUCGUGGUCGAAUCGAAGCUGCCCCUACGUAG